UUGCUAUAUGCUACUCUAGCCCUGGCAUCACGGGGCCUUCGCACACUUUGCAGUCAGUGCGCAUCUGCCAAGUGCAAACGGUGUUGCCCGUAAGAGCAACGGGACUUCUUCAAGGAGGAGGAGAUCAUUUGGCAGGUUCAUCUGUGCUGGGUCUGGAAGGUACCCACUCAUCCUUCUCUCUCUCUCUGUUUGACAAGUGAACACCUACCUCUUCAUGAUGCAAGCUCAAGGCAUUCUGAUCCGGGACAACAUGAGAACAAUUGGCGCUCAGGUUUAUGAGCAGGUGGUUCGGAGUGCUUAUGCCAAGAGGAAUAGCAGCAUGAAUGACUCAGAUUAUCCUCUUGACUUGAACCACAGUGAAACCUUCCUACAAACCACAACAUUUCUUCCUGAAGACUUCACCUACUUUGCAAACCAUACCUGCCCCGAGAGGCUCCCUUCCAUGAAGGGCCCAAUAGACAUAAACAUGAGUGAAAUUGCAAUGGAUGACAUCCAUGAAAUCUUCUCUAAAGACCCAGCCAUCAAGCUCGGAGGUCACUGGAAGCCUUCAGAUUGCGUGCCUCGAUGGAAGGUGGCCAUCCUCAUUCCUUUCCGGAACCGCCACGAGCACCUCCCGGUCCUGCUCAGACACCUGAUUCCCAUGCUUCAGCGCCAGCGCCUGCGGUUCGCGUUCUAUGUGGUUGAGCAGGUUGGCACCCAACCCUUUAAUCGAGCCAUGCUUUUCAAUGUCGGUUUUCAAGAAGCAAUGAAAGAUCUGGACUGGGACUGUCUUAUUUUUCACGAUGUGGAUCAUAUACCGGAAAGCGAUCGGAACUACUAUGGAUGUGGGCAGAUGCCAAGGCACUUUGCAACUAAGUUGGACAAGUAUAUGUAUCUGCUUCCUUACGCCGAGUUCUUUGGUGGAGUGAGCGGCUUAACAGUGGAACAGUUUCGGAAGAUCAAUGGCUUUCCGAACGCUUUCUGGGGUUGGGGUGGAGAAGAUGACGACCUGUGGAACAGUUAUCAUCAGGAUUUCUCCCCAAAAGAGAUCGCAGAAAGAUUCCAAGCAGCGGUGCAUCAACAUUCCCGCUUUCUCACGUCACCGCCAGCAUUGGUUAUAGACAACCUUUUGCGUUUUGCUACAUUUCAGCCCUUGAGCAGCCAUGUGUGGCUCGAGGCUGCCUGUACUGGACAAAGGAGCUCCAGACAAUUCUUUUCUCAAUCUGAGAGAGUACAGAAUGCAGGCUACUCUGUGAGCCGGCCGGAAGGUGACACAGGGAAGUACAAGUCUAUUCCUCAUCACCAUCGAGGAGAAGUCCAAUUUCUUGGAAGGUACGCUCUGCUGCGCAAGUCCAAAGAACGGCAAGGGCUGGACGGCCUCAACAACUUGAACUACUUUGCGAACGUCACACACGACGCCCUAUAUAAAAACAUUACCGUGAACCUGACACCCGAGCUGGCUCAGGACGGACGUCGGUCCUGCCACUUUUCCCCCCUGGUCCCGAACCCCAGCGUCCCGUCCCAGCCGGGCUCUCCAGAACAGCAACUGACAUCUCCUGUGGUCCUGGCUUCGAGCCCGUUCCUACGAAUGGCCUUUGGAGCUUCUCGACCUUCAGAGCAAAGAGGCAACCCCACCACAGGGCUCUUUUAGGAAGAGCAAAUGAAACUCCACACACCAUUCUUCUCCAUCUCUGGUGUUCUCUUUGGUUUAGUUUUUGUUUUUUUUUUUUUUAAUUACCUGCUUUGGGUGGGGAUUGAGGGUGGGGCGGGGGAGGGACGGGGGAAGGUAAAUAGACCUAUAACAAUCACUUCUUGAAGAAGUAUAAUUGUAAAUAAGCCAUGUAAAAUGCCUUUUUUAAAUUUAAUUUUAUAGCUGGCUCCAAUUCAAACUGAGGAUUUAUAUAUUAGAUCACUUACUUGGUUGGCAAAUGCAGGAACUCAGUUAAAAUGCAGUGGAGAAGGGUAUCACCUCCCGAAUUGCUAUCACUUUGGAAGGGAGUGGAGAUAGGGCGUGUCACAAACAGAUCAGGACAGUCCAGUCUGUCAGUGGUAGCUAACUCCUGCCCCCUCCCAUCUUCUUCCAGAAGUCUUGCUCGUGACUUUCGCUGUGGACUCUCUCUUCCCUGUUGGGCACAUACACUCUCAGCCCGGUCUCCUGCUAAACAGGAGCCCUCCUUGCUCAAAGUGGACCCCUUCAGGGGGUCUCCCUGUGCGCACGCCCCUGGAUCUCUGGACUUCGGUCUUUGUCCUCUCAUCACCAAGAGUGGUGGGGUUGGUUGGGUGGGUUUUCUGCCUCUUCUUUUUUCCUUUUUUGUUUUUUUGCUCUUGUGGAACUUGGCCACAAUUCCUGAAAUCUGUGCCUGAAUUAUCAACUAGCUUCAGUGAUUCCUCUGAAUAUUUCCCUUUUUGGUUUCCGGAAAGAUUCUUUGUCAACAUUAUGAACUAGUUCAUAGAACUAAUGAGCGAUGGACUGAAGAAGUCAGCCAGAGAGCAGGCGACACUUAUGUGCUGUGGGUCAGUUGGGGGCCGGGGUGGACCCCGUCAUGAGCUUCGCAGGUAGACGGACGGAGCUCUCGGAUGCCAGGACCCAAGCCCAAAAGAAUGCUGGGUUCACACCCCAUGCACUUCUUGAAAUUAGAGUCUAAAUUGCCCUUGAAGUUGUGCCUCUCUGUUUUUCCCUGAGCCAAAUCCCUCAAUUUGUAGUCCCUCUUGGCUUCUGCAGGAUUCUGAAAAAGGCCAGUCUUUUCCUCUCCUUUUCCAUAAAACAUAUUUAUAUAUUGUGAUUAGGAGUACUUUCUGAAAAGUACUUCAUAUUUUUUUUAAUUGCCUUGUUUGCCUUCAACUUCCUUAAUUUUCAUGGUUUACAUGGAUGUGUGUGUAGGGGGUAUAUUUGUGUAUAUACGUGUGGGUUGGGGUUUUCUCCGUUGCAUGUGUUGGUUCCUUGGACGUAUGAUCCCCACAAGCUGUGGGAGUGAUUGGCCAGGCCUUGUUUUUUGUUCAUGCUUUUGUUCUUUUGAAGAAUAGAGUGAUACUGUAGAAAACCAACUGCGUUACAAAGCUCUUAUCGGCUCAUAUGAGAGAGCAGGCUGCUGCCCUUGAAAAUGCUGGUAAGUUGUAUCAUAUGUUUUAAAAGAAUGUUCAGCAUCUCAUGCUUUAAAAGACUUUCACGAGGGAACAUUACACACAGGAGCUAACUUGGUUUUCCUUUGAAGUCUGGUGCACAGAGCAAUAAAGAUUUCUUUCCCCUUUUCUCCCGCCUCCCCUCAGGCCUAUGUGCUGGCCUUGACUCUCCUCCUCCCUUCUGUCCUCUCCCAUCCCCGAAGGCCGUGAGCGGCUUUCAGUGGGACACAGCCAUGAUGUCAUUAGGAAGAAUUUGCCAGAACAGACCGAUCCUUGGUACACGGCAGUAUUGUAAAAUGGUCUCGUUUAAAGCUUUUCACGAACAUACUUGCCACCAAGAACAAAGCGUUGACAAAAGGCUAAACAGCUGAUUUGAAAAGGAAAAUGCUGAUUUGAGGACAAAAGGAAAGGUGUCUUUUCACUGCUUGAAGUAAGGUCACUGAAAUCAUUUUGCGAUCAUGUGUGAGUUUGUCUUAUCAGUGUGAAAUCUCUUACUGCGCACCGCUUAGUCAUUUACCCACCAAGUUGAGUAUCGUGUGGGAAAAAUAGAAGUUGAAAACAUACAGCCAGGCCCAUGAGCUGUUAAUGGUGUGAGAGUCUCAUGUUAAAAAAAAAAAAAAAAAGAAUAAGAACCAAAUGUGACCUUGUGUGUAUUUUGGCAGCUGAAAUUCUUUUAAGGCUACUGAUGGGUGACCCCUUCAAUCAGUCUUGUCUCAGCUGCGUGCAGGGAAACAUUUCUCCUUUCACACUGUUUUUCUGGGUGAGGAGUUACUGCAAAAAUACUCCUUUUGACAUGAUGGGCUCCUGUUGGAGCUCCUCUACCACAGUCAUGAAUAGCUGAGCACCAGCCGCAUGUACUGAUUGUGUCCACUCACCGUUGACAAUGGCAUUGAACGUAGCUAGCUUCCUUCCAUCAGGAUGUUUUUUUUGAGCUUGCUCUUAUGUUGUAAGAGGUGCCAGGGGUACAUUUUUGCACUGAAAUCUAAAGAUGUUUUAAAAACACUUUUCACAAAAAUAGUCCUUUGUCAUUACAUUAUUUACUCAUGUGUUUGUACAUUUUUGUAUGUUAAUUUAUGAAUGAUUUUUUCAGUAAAAAAUACAUAUUCAAGAACCAAA